AAGAAGAAACCAAACAACAAUAUUCUUGGACAAAAAUGGGAAGGUCUCCUUGUUGUGAUGAAAAUGGCCUUAAAAAAGGACCAUGGACUCCUGAAGAAGAUCAGAAACUUAUUGAUUAUAUUGACAAACAUGGCCAUGGCAGUUGGAGAGCUCUUCCUAAGCUUGCAGGCCUUAAUAGAUGUGGCAAGAGCUGCAGAUUAAGAUGGACUAAUUAUUUGAGGCCUGAUAUCAAGAGAGGCAAAUUCUCUGAAGAAGAAGAACAAACAAUUCUUCAUCUCCAUUCCAUCUUAGGAAACAAAUGGUCUGCGAUCGCGACACACCUACCAGGAAGAACAGAUAAUGAGAUCAAGAAUUUCUGGAACACACAUUUAAAGAAGAAGUUGAUUCAAAUGGGAUAUGAUCCAAUGACUCACAGGCCAAGAAGUGAUUUAUUUGCAAGCUUACCUAAUAUAAUAGCUUUGGCAAACUUACUUCAGCAUCAUCCACUAGAAGAUCAUGCUAUAAGAGUACAAGCAGAAGCUGCCCAAUUAGCUAAGCUUCAAUACUUACAAUUUCUAUUCCAAUCUUCAUCAGCUUCAAAUAAUUACCCAAUAUCUACAAGCUCAAACACUCAAUAUAAUCUUGGAGAUUUUGGCACAUUUAAUUUGUCAAAUUCUAUUAAGGAAAGUACUACCCCUUCUUUAAACUUAUCCCAUCUUGAAAAUCAAACACUUUUCUCCAAUGAAAACUCUGACUCUCAACUGCUCCAAAAUCAAGAUAUUUCUUUAACUUUUCCAGACUCACAACAAGUCCCUUUCAAUUUCCAAACACAUUUGAAUAAUAAUAAUAAUAUUAACACAAGUGAUAUUAAUGGCCACAAUUUUAAUUAUGAUCAAGGAAAUGAUUCAACAAGUACCCCAUUGAAUAAUAUUAAUCUUCCUUCUCCAGCUUCUUCAACUCGUUUGCCACCUUUGACAGAAAUUUCUAUUAGCAAUAAUAAUCAAGGAGAUUCCAGCAGUACUUCCACCAAUGCAGCUGAAGGAAUUACUUCUUCAUAUAAUUGGCCUGAACUUUUUCUCGAGGAACAUUUCAUGCAUGAGAUUUCUUGAUAUAGUAGUCGGGAUUGGAACUAAGUUGAAGUUUUGUGUAUUAGUAUUAUUGAUUAUUGAGCCACAUAUAUGGACAGUAAGGAUUUAUAUAGCCAAUUUCAAAUUAUUUGAAAUUGAGACGUAGUUGUUACUAUAUAUGUUGUAAUAUGAUUGAUUGUUGAGAGGGGCUCCAACAUGUGUACACACGUUAACAUUGCUAAUGUAUACCUGCAAAUG